AUGUCUUCUUACCCCCGCUCGGCUGAUCCCAAAUCGGGCUAUCUACCGUCUUCGGCCGGCAGCCUGAAGCGUAAUCCGGCCUUUAAUGCCUACCUGCUUGUGCUGCCCUGCAUCCUGCUCUCCUUUCUGACGCUGGUCAUUUUUUGGCUGCCACCUCAGAUUCCGGGAAAGAUGAUACUCGGAAUGAACAUAUUCGUGGCCUUCUCCUUCUUGCUCAAAAUCUUGGCUAAUUCGACCCCAUCCGCUUCUACCAGUGUUCCCUACCUCGGUACGUGA